UUGGAGCUGAAACACGAGGUCCUGCCUCUUCACCUGUCCAGUGGGAACCGAUUUCACCUUUUGGAGGAGACAAACCGAACCUUGAAGCUUGAGGUGGCAACACUGAGGCAGCAGAAGCAGCUCUACAAAUCACUAGAAACAGAAGUGAGUGAGAGGAGGAAGAGAUGUCAGCUUCUUGAGAGAGAGGUGAAGAACAAGAUCUCAGCAUGCCAGAGUUUAAAGCAUGAGCUCCAGCGGGCAAAACAAGAGAGGAAACGCCUCAAUAUCCAGCUGUUCAGUCACAGCCUGAAGGCGGAGCAGUACGAGGAGGUAAAGUCAGACUAUGAGAAGCUCAGAGCGACGUUGGCGAGUGUAAGCGAGCAGAGGGACACGGCAAGACGGGAAAAAGAUGAGCUCCGAGGCAAACUGGAGAAUCUUGAGCAGGCCCUAAAGCGCAUGUGCGAGGCUGCAGAAGCGAGGCAGCAGCUGGAGGCAGAGCAUGAACAGGCCCUGGAGAACCUCAGCUCCACACAGCAGGAGAUCCAGCUUCUGCAAAAGGCUCAAGCUGAGGCUGAUAAAGAGCAUGAAGAAAAGGUCCAUCUGCUAAAGGUCAAAGUUGAGGACCUGGAACAGAAAUGCCAGAUUCAGAGUGACAAGUGUAACAUUCUGUCCAAAGAGCUGGAGAAAUUUCACUUGGGUUUGCAAACCGAUCGUGAGCACCGGCCAGAAAUCACCACGUCAAGGAGAGCAAUCUGUAACCUGCUCAACGAGCUGCAGAGUCGCUCUAGGAAAGGUGAUGAGAGUUCUGCAGGUUCUCCGCUAAUCUCUGAGCUCCUCCAGCCACUGCAGGUCUGCAGAGACACGACUGAGACGCCGUUGCACACUGACAUCGCCAUAACAGCGAGACCUCAAUCACUGAGCACCUCAGAGAUGGGGGAUGAGGUGAGUCCUGCUCCAAGGUCCAAGGCAAGAUACACAGGACAGGUUCGUCUCUGCACAGCCCGCUACAGUUACAAUCCGUACGAUGGACCAAAUGAGCAUCCUGAGGCUGAGCUGCCUCUUGUUGCUGGGAAAUAUCUCUAUGUGUAUGGGGACAUGGACGAUGAUGGAUUCUAUGAAGGAGAGCUGCUGGAUGGCCAGCGAGGCCUGGUUCCUUCUAACUUUGUGGAGUUUGUCCAGGACAAGGAAAAGCCAUCGGUGGAUGGAGCAGAGGAUCUGGGUCAGCUGGAGCAUGGCUCUUUAAGCCUGACAGCAAUAGAUGGAGGCAUAUCCCUGGACAGUUUAAGCAUCAACUCUCUCGGGCCCUGCAGCAAUGGGACUGGCACUCUGGAUGCUGACGAGAUCGCUGAUGACAUUGUGCCUUACCCGAGAAAAAUCAAUUUAAUUAAACAGCUGGCAAGGAGUGUAAUCGUUGCUUGGGAGCAACCUCUAGUGCCCCUUGGUUGGGGCAACAUUAAUGGCUACAAUGUUUUAGUGGAUGGGGAGGUGCGUGGCACUGUGCCAUUCAGUGGCAGGAGCAAACUUCUGGUGGAGAAGCUGGAUCUGGCUGCCUGCACAUACCGUGUGUCAGUGCAGAGCGUGACGGACCGAGGCCUGUCAGAUGAGCUCCGCUGCACCAUGCUAGUGGGACGGAAUGUCACGGUGGCCCCGACAGGCCUGCGCUUGGACGACAUCAUGCGUGACUCAGCAGAGCUCUCCUGGCUCCCCAGCAACAGCAACUACUCACAUACUGUGUUUUUGGAUGGAGUUGAGUAUGCCAUAGUAAAGCCAUGCUGUUACAGACUGCGGUUUAGCAACCUCAAAGCCACCACAGUGUACAAGGUGAGGGUGGCAGCCAAACCACACCAGGUGCCCUGGCACAUGCCACUGGAACAACGAGAGAAAAAGGAGGCCGGGGUCGAGUUCUGCACACAGGCUGCAGGCCCUCCUCUGCCACCCAGGGACGUGCAUGUUCAGUGUGGACAGGCUCCAGGGAUUCUACAGGUCCACUGGAAGCCUCCAUUGUUGACGCCUAUGGGGACUUCCAAUGGUGCCAACGUCAUUGGCUAUGCAGUGUGCACCAAGGGCCAGAGGAUUGCUGAAGUAUUGUACCCACUGGCUGACUUUGCAACAGUGGAUCUGAAUUGUAUUCAGUGUUUGGAAGCCCGUGAGGUUGUGGUCAGGACUUUAUCAGCACAAGGAGAAAGUCAGGAUUCGCAUGUCGCCGCCAUUCCUAGUAACCUGCUCGUGCCUCCACCCCAAACCCACCUGCCUCCUCACCACAUGCAGUCUUCUCUACCACACCAAGUGCCCCAGCCCCUGACUCCUCGCCCUGCCCUCCCACCUCCAAUGCAGCCGCUGCCCCCUCAUGCUGGCCAUGAUACAAUUUCCCAUCUUCAAACACUUCCCAUUUGUCCAAAUCAGCCAGUUUCUCAUCUUCAGCCCCAUCCUGUACCCCAUUCUACUCAGCCAUCUCCUCCUCAUCUGCAGGCUCUACCUGCUCACCCCUUUCCCCAGCCCCAGCCAAACAUCCCAAUACCUCAACCCACAAUCCCUAUACCUCAACCCACCAUCCCAAUGCCUCAACCACACAUUCCCCAGCUGUCCCUUCCACAGCCACAGAGACCACCAAGUGCCAGAGAACUGGAAACCAAAGAGCAGGUACCAGGCAUGCUUCAUCCUGCUGGGGGUCCUGCACAGCCAUGGGAGUCUGUGUGUUCUCCAUCUGGCCUUCCCCCAGCUCUGCCACAUGGACACACUCUCGAGGCACCGCCAUGCCCUAACCGCCGCUCACCUUCUCCUCAGAGAAUCCUCCCGCAGCCCAGAGGCACGCUCAUACCGGAUACAAUGGCCAAAGCCAUCGCCCGUGAAGCUGCCCAAAGAGUGGCAGUAGAAAGUGGCCGGAUGGAGAGGCGAAGUCAGGGCUUUCACUCUCAGAACUCAGAUGAGGAAGAGGAUGAGGAAAGCUAUCAGUCUCGCAGAAGAGGAGCAUCUGUGGAUGACUUCCUCAGGGGCUCAGAACUGGGCAGGCAGUCCCAGUACAGUCAUAGUGAAGAGUACCAGACAGAAAGCAGCCGAGGUUCAGACCUAUCUGACAUUAUGGAGGAGGAUGAGGAGGAGCUGUACUCUGAAAUGCAACUGGAGGAUGGACGAAGGCGCAGCUCACACAGUGCACUUAAGGGUGGAGGCAACGUUUCAUCGUCAGGAAGGCUGGAUCGGGACCCAAAUCGGAGGCCAGCUCAUAGAGGUCCUCAACCCCAGCAGAGACCCCUCAUGGUCCCCUCUAUUGGAGGUUACAGGGACCGAGGACGACGGUCUCCUCCGUACUAUGAUGAGUCCGAGCCUGAAGACCCCUUCCGUAUCUUUGUAGCAUUGUUCGAAUAUGACCCUCUCUCCAUGUCCCCAAACCCAGAUGCCGCUGAUGAAGAGCUUCCUUUUAAAGAAGGACAGAUCAUCAAGGUGUAUGGGGACAAAGACACUGAUGGGUUUUAUCGGGGAGAGAUCCGUGGCCGGUCUGGCCUCAUUCCCUGUAAUAUGGUGUCAGAGAUACAAGCCGAGGAUGACGAGACUAUGGAUCAGCUCAUGAAGCAGGGCUUUUUACCCCUCAAUACCCCGGUGGAUAGAAUAGAGGACAGUCGAAAACGUGGCCGGCAUCCUGUGGCUACUAGAAGAAUGGUUGCGCUUUAUGACUAUGACCCCAGGGAGAGUUCACCAAAUGCGGAUGUUGAGGCAGAACUAACAUUUUGUGCUGGUGACAUCAUCGCUGUUUUUGGGGAGAUAGAUGAAGACGGUUUCUACUAUGGUGAGAUUAAUGGACAUCGCGGCCUGGUUCCCUCCAACUUUCUAGAAGAAGUGCCUGAUGAUGUGGAGGUCUAUCUCACAGAGACUCCGUCCCACCAUGAGCAGGAAGAGCCAGUGCCAGCACCACGCCCGGAGCCUAAACGGGUUCCAGUGGAAAACACAGUUCCAGCACCUGUCCUGGGAAGACCGGCAUCCCCGAUUGUGCGUCCUCUGCUCCCCGUGGGCUCUGCCCAUCCCCAUAGUCCUGCCAGGGGACCACGAGACAUGAAAAAGAAGAAAGGACUGCUAUCCAAGGGGAAGAAACUGCUUCAGAAGUUCUCAAAGUAAAAACCGAUGCCAUACGCAAUCAAAAAAGGGCAACAUGUUCAUGUUUUCUAGUCUACAGCCAUGUUUCAUAUUUAUGUG